UAGGGCGCCAGUCAUCCCUCCAAUCUGUCUUGACUCCGGAGAACGCUGCCAUCCAUACGUACAGUACACCUCUGCCCGUAACACUGAGCUCCGUGAUUAGCAGCUCCACAAGUGUGCUAAGUGACCUUGGUAUUGGCUGAGGUGUAGAUUUACGGUGAGCAGUGAGCAGCAAGGCAUCAUGGGUCAGGGAGAAGGAGCAGGAGAGGGUAGUGGUAGCACGGGGUGGUCCAUCAUGUGGCUCAUCAUUCUGCUGCUUGUUGGGUUCUGGCUGGCUGGAGUGUGUGCCUUCCUCUACAUCAUCCUCAACAUCUUUGCUGCCUGCAUUGAGGGUUUGAAUCCUGUGUGCGAGAUACUGCUGAAGGGAGUGCAAGCGACAGGGACGUGUGCCCAGUAUAUGGUGAAGGGCACACCCAUCAGUGAGGCCUUCAAGUGAGGACAGCCUGCCUCCGAAUGAUGCUAAACUAAAUUAUAAUGAAGAUCUGUUUUCCUUACAAAUACGAGGCCUUCUCACAAUGUUCAUAAAAGAUUUUAACUCUAGUGAUUGCAGUAGAUGAGUGACAGACAGGGAUCACUUCUGGAAGCCAAGGAUCCCAUGGAAUGUUUUCUCUGCAACACGAUCUCCAUCAUCACCUGUGUAAUUUUCAUCAGUGACUAGUGUAAAUGUUGUGUGUUAUCUUCAAGUUCGGAACAAUGUGUCUUUCCUAUUCC